GGCGCGGAGGGCGGGCGGGCGCGCGCGGGCGGAAUGGGGACUGCAGCUGCGGCGGCGGCGGCGGCGGCCGGGGAGGGGGCGCGCAGCCCGAGCCCCGCCGCCGUGUCGCUCGGCCUGGGCGUGGCCGUGGUGUCGAGCCUGGUGAACGGGUCCACGUUCGUGCUGCAGAAGAAGGGCAUCGUGCGCGCCAAGCGGCGAGGUACUUCCUAUUUAACAGACGUCGUGUGGUGGGCUGGCACAAUCGCAAUGGCAGUUGGCCAGAUUGGAAACUUCCUGGCUUACACGGCGGUCCCCACGGUCCUCGUAACUCCCCUGGGCGCCCUUGGAGUGCCGUUCGGGUCCAUUUUAGCUUCCUAUCUCCUGAAGGAAAAGCUCAACAUCUUGGGCAAGUUGGGGUGCCUGCUAAGCUGUGCAGGCUCUGUCGUGCUGAUCAUCCACUCCCCAAAGUCUGAGAGUGUGACGACUCAGGCUGAGCUAGAAGAGAAGCUGACCAACCCAGUGUUUGUGGGCUACCUGUGCAUCGUGCUGCUCAUGCUGCUGCUGCUCAUCUUCUGGAUCGCGCCGGCCCACGGGCCCACCAACAUCAUGGUCUACAUCAGCAUCUGCUCUUUGCUGGGCAGUUUCACCGUGCCUUCCACCAAGGGCAUUGGGCUGGCGGCCCAAGACAUCUUGCACAACAACCCGUCCAGCCAGAGAGCCCUCUGCCUGUGCCUGGUGCUCCUGGCCGUGCUCGGCUGCAGCAUCAUCGUCCAGUUCAGGUACAUCAACAAGGCGCUGGAGUGCUUCGACUCCUCGGUGUUCGGGGCCAUCUACUACGUCGUGUUCACCACGCUGGUCCUGCUGGCCUCAGCCAUCCUCUUCCGGGAGUGGAGCAACGUGGGCCUGGUGGACUUCUUGGGGAUGGCCUGUGGAUUCACGACCGUCUCCGUGGGGAUUGUCCUGAUACAGGUGUUCAAAGAGUUCAAUUUCAACCUUGGGGAGAUGAACAAAUCUAAUAUGAAAACAGACUAGAUUGCAGUAGGGGCUCGGAUGGUUCGAGGAACAGGCAUUGGAGGUAGUCUUGAUUGGAUGUGAAGUAGAAGAGGUCCUCGAUCUUGGUGUUUGAGUUGACUGGAUGGUAGCAGGUGGUCUGGUGGACUGGGGGGAGUGGGGCUUAGCACCAGAGCAGAGGCCCAGCCAGCCCUCUGCAGCCCAAAGGUGCCUAAUGGUUGCCUGGCACCAUGUCUCUCAUAUGAGACAAAUCUCGUUUUCAUUUCCAUUAACCAGGAAGCUUUCAUGAAUAUUCUCUUCUUUUAAAACAUUUUAACAUUAAACAGAAAAAGAUGGGCUCUUUCUGGUUAGUUGUUACAGGAUAGCAGAGAUAUUUUUACUUAGGUUACUUUGGAAAUGAGAGAUUGUUGUCUUGAACUCUGGUUUACAGUGAAUGUGUCUGUGGUUGUGUUAGUUUGCAUUAAGCAUGUAUAACAUUCAAGUAUGUCAUCCAAAUAAGGAGGCAUACACAUUAAAUUGUUUUUAACCCUCUGACAAGUUGACUUUUCGGCCCUGACCCCCACCCAAGACAUUUAAACAGCAGAGAAGAGUUAAUGAACGUGAUGGAGUGUUCCACCGGCAGGAUGGCUUUUCAAUAGGUCAAAUCAAUUUCAGUGCCUUUAUCACUUGAAUUAUUAACUAUUACUGUGUAUAUGUUCUUAGGUUAGAAUAAUGCAACUUCCUUGCGUAUGCUUUAAUAUUUUAGUAUUCAAGUUACAAAUGUACAAGGCAGUUAGAAAUAAUGCAGUCACGUGUCACUUAGUGACAGCAAAACAUUCUGAGAAAUGCAUUGUAAGCGGACUGUAUUGUGUGAACAUCGGGGGGGUGCACUUACACCAACCUAGAUGGGACACCUGUUACCCACCUGGGGUGGAUGGUACAGCCUGCUGCUCCUGGCGUCACACCUGUGCAGCAUGUGACUGUACUGAAUACUGUGGGCAACUGUAACAUAGUGGUGAGUGUUUGUGUUUCCAAACAUAGGAAGGGUGCAGUAAAACUGUGGCAUUACAGUCCUACAGGAUCACUGUCAUGUAGGUGGUGUGUCUUUGAGAGAAGCGUGUUUACAUGGUGCACGACUGUAUAUUCACUGGAGAUAGUCAAGACUAAAGACACAUUAGAGCAAACUGACCCAUUUAACUUGGUUCAAUUAAAGACAGCUGAUUUAAGGAGCAUGACAUAUUAUUUUAUUUGUAUUCAAUCUCUGUACCUGGGAUUCAGUAUCAAAUAUAUCCACAUUCUUUAUCAGCAAGCAUUUAUGGCCAUUCGGAAGAAAUAAAUUCUGUAACUUGAUGAUAAAGCUAAAUGGGAGAGUAGCUAUCCAGUAGCUCACAGAUGGAGCUACUGUCAUACAGGAAUAAGAUAAAGGACACAGUUGAGGUUAGGUUCGCUUCCAAAAAUUGUAACUCACAGUUUUAGAAAGAAUUUCUAGCAAAAAAACAAUGAAUAUAGCCAUCUCCUUGUUGUUUGCAAUGGCAGAGCAUCCUGGAGUUCCUCACCUAACCUCUCCUUAUAUGUCCUAAAUGCAAAAGAGCCAUUAAUUAUGCCAGUGUUUGAAUCAAAGAGGUCAUUCUUCUGUCUGUAGUGACCGUCCACGUGUUCCAAAUGGAGCAAAGCAUGAAGUGAGGCAAAUAUUUCACCACAGGGAACAACUCUGCCAAGUUGAAAGAUGGGGUUGGGCAAAGGAAAUUAGGUGAUGUAGAACAUAAAAUUUAAUAAUACGUGAUUAAAGUUCUUCAGUUAGAAAAAAACAUGUUUUUAUAGGCAAAAAUAACUUUUUUUUUUUUUUUUUUUUUUUUGAGACGGAGUUUCACUCUUGUUACCCAGGCAGGCUGGAGUGCAAUGGCGUGAUCUCGGCUCACCACAAUCUCCGCCUCCUGGGUUCAGGCAAAUCUCCUGCCUCAGCCUCCUGAGUAGCUGGGAUUACAGGCACGUGCCACCACGCCCAGCUAAUUUUUUGUAUUUUUAGUAGAGACGGGGUUUCACCAUGUUGACCAGGAUGGUCUCGAUCUCUUGACCUCGUGAUCCACCCACCUCGGCCUCCCAAAGUGCUGGGAUUACAGGCUUGAGCCACCACGCCCGGCCCAAAAAGAACAUUUCUAAAGUAAAGUCUCAACAAAUGGCUUCCUAAAGUGUUGAGUAAAGAGGUGAAAUAAAAUGAGAAGAGUUUAAUACAGAGAGAAAAGUAACUUUAAAUUUAACGUGUACGUGAUGAUCAAGUGUUGUCAGUGAUUUGUGAACUAAGAGCAGCAACAAAAUUAUUUUAAGAAAUUUUAAAUCCUCUAUUAAUGGAUGGUUAACCAAUGUUCAAAGUCCACUACCCCUUGUAUCAGCAGUGCUUUUGGGAAUGCAGGCCUUAACUUAUGGAACUGAACUUUCUGAAAACGUAGUGUAUCAGUAUCAGUGUACUUUUAGGCAUAAAAAUGGUUUCCUAGGUAAGGAGUGUGAGAUGGUCAGCCAAUACAUGUGGCUAACAGAUGUCAUGAGAAAGUUCAUGUGUCACAUGAACAUUAUCACGUUUGUUUUGCUACAGCUUUCAUAUGAAAUUUAAUUUAAAUACAGCUCUUGGUGUCCUUUAUUAUAUUUUCAUCCACAAGUAUACCAUUGAUACUGAGAGGUGGUAUUUUCCUGUUCUUUUCUAUGAUUUUUUUAGAGUAAAAUAAAAUCUCAAAGUAUUAAUAGCUUUUCUCCUCUUGAAAGUGACUGCUCCUGGGACAGUUGGCAUCUUCCAGGGUUACCUCCGUUUGGCAGAUACUUCAAUAGGGUACUCAGCUCUUCUUCCAGGGAAACAAAGUUCAUGUUAUCCAUCGUUUCUCAAGCACAUGACGCUAGGCUCAAAGUAAAUGACGUGACCAGUGGUUGAACAGUCUAAUUUUCAAAUUUCUUUUCUUUUUUUUUUUUGAGACGGAGUUUCACUCUUGUUACCCAGGCUGGAGUGCAAUGGUGCAAUCUUGGCUAACCCCACCUCCGCCUCCUGGGUUCAGGCAAUUCUCCUGCCUCAGUUUUCUGAGUAGCUGGAUUACAGGCACGCGCCAUCAUGCCCAGCUCAUUUUUUGUAUUUUUAGUAGAGAUGGGGUUUCACCAUGUUGACCAGGAUGGUUUCCAUCUCUUGACCUCGUGAUCCACCCGCCUUGGCCUCCCAAAGUGCUGGGAUAACAGGCGUGAGCCACCGCGCCCGGCCUCAGAUAUCAUAUAGAGCAUAUAACUUCUGAUUUAAUAGUAUUUAUUUUAAAAAUCUAUGUUUCCACCAUUCAUUUGGAAACAGAAAAAAAGCCCCAAAGUGAGAACUUUAGGGGAAGGCCUAAAACAUGGAUGGAUUUUAGUGGCCUUUCCAAAAGUAGAUGCACUUGAAAUAUUUUCAAAUUAUCAUAGUAUUCUUUGAAAAAAAGAUGCUUACUGUAUACUUGUUUUCAGGCAUCCUGUAAAAUCAAAGGUUUUGAUCACAAUAUGCAGAUUUCCUGGAUAGAUACUGAAAUAGGCCAUUUCUCUCUUCCUCUUGGGCAAUGCCUUGUUUUCUCCUCUGGAUAUUUGCAUUUUAAAGAUUGUUUCCCAUUCUGCUGGUUGAUCAAAGCUAGGGCCAAUUAAGGAUUCUAAUCCUAACCCCUCACCAUGAAGGCCCCCGAGCAUCUUCCUGGUUGGCAGGACCUUGCCAUGUCUGUGGAGAAGGUGCUGGGGAGGGCAGCCCCUUCCCCUGCUGCCUGGAGCGAGGCCCUGCCCAUGCUGGGGACUUUGGGGGAGGAAUCUGGUGUUCUGGGGGCCCUGCUCAGCUCUCAUCACGGUCUUUUCCUAUUGGAAUGUUAGUGAAAUAGACUUCGCAGCUGUUUGUUCAGCGAUAAGGAACGUUCUUUCAGUUCCUGCUCUCCAGGCCGAUUUGCUGCACUCAGGUGUCUUUCCGGAAGUUGAUCCCAGUGGUAAUAUGUUGGCGUUUGUUCUUCUUUGUCUGUUUCUGAGAAGUGAGUACUCUUCACCUGUGCAGUCGUCUUUCCUUCUCCCUAGAUGGCUCAGCUCUUUGUAAAUGUGUUCAGCUUCUACAGGCCAGUUCUAGACUUUGGAGAGGCAGUGUCUCCCAGGUGUGACACCUGGUCUGUGGAAACAGGUGUGAUGGCCACAGGCUCCUGCCCUUCCGUCUGCUCUGGAGAGUCUUCUUUUUCAAGCUGCUAAACUCACCCAGAAGAGGGCAGAGAGUGCUCCCGCCGUUCCCAGAGCCCCUCCCUCUGCGCUGAUACCUGCGCGAUGCUGACUUAGGCUUCCUGCCACCAAGCAGGAAACUAGAAAGAGAACAUUUCAGUUUAAGGUCUGUUCAUGACUGCAUGGAUUAGCUCCUGUGUUCUCAAGUUGUGCUUUUCACGGUGUCGACACCGAGGGUGUUGUUUACCCGUCGGGGGGGAUUGGAUGGAGUCUUGGUGUUUUCGUCUUCUCAGGGACCAAAAAUGUUAUUGACUCCUUAACUUCAACCUUCCUCCCAAGGACAUGUCCAUGUUCAUUUUUUGUAGGUUUUACUCACAUUCGUAGGUAGAUUCUGUUAAUGGGAGUUGGAAAGAAAAGACCAGUUUGUACACCAGUCACACCACAAGGCAGUUUAUCACAUAAAAUACCUCAAUUUUUUGUAUUCCUCAUUUCCACCUCACAGUUGUACUGGUGAUGAAUUUUAAGGGUCUGUCCUUUAGCUUGUAGGUGAUGUAUCUCAUCUGGCCAGAUUCUUACACCUCCAUUGUAUACUUGAAAAGGUUCAGCAUUACAGGAAUGGCGAUGAGAAUUUGGCCCAUUACCCCCACUCAUUUAUUUUCAUGCACAUUCCUCACAUGCAACAAAAUAAUUGUAUUUUAAGAAAAUGUAACUUUGUUACAUCAAAAUCUAUUGUGUAGUAAAAAGUUGAUAUUCCGUAGAACAAGGAUCAUGUAAAUAAAUGUCUAUUUCACAUGUACCCAAAGCGUUUAAGAAGCAGAGUCUAGGGCCCAGAGCAUGAGCCAGGAAGGAGGAUGCUUUUCUUCUUUUCUCUGUUUUUCCCUGAAUUGUGCAAACAUAGGUGAGUCUCUUAACCUUUCUGUGCCUCAGUUUUUCUACCUCUAAAGGGGUGGGAUGGCCCUCCAAAUUGUUUCUAAAACUCCAGCAGUUUCAGUGGUUUUCUGGUGGCCUGAGAGGAGGGCGCGGUGUUCAGAAGUGCCGAACGGUGGAAACUCCGCUUGCGCGACCGUGAAACCUGCUGAGGACCGCGUGCUGAGAGGCAAAGGAAGCACUGGGUGUAAAGUUUGCAUGAUUCCAUGAAGCUUUAAGUUUCCUUUUUUUGUUUUAAAAGAAAGGGUUUUAUAUGUUCCAUUGUAAAAUAUGGAAAUUAAACAGGGACUUGAAAAAGUCUCACUGAAAGACCACCUUCCGAUGAUGUGAUGGGCCCCUCUGACAUUCGGCCGAGGUCUGUGUUCUGAAAACAUUUAAUGGCCUGUGAAACAAGGAGAGUCUGUGCACUGCAUUUGUAAUAAAUGAUACUGAACUUCCUGCUUCCAAGCAGCUCAACCCUGAUGAUGAACUGACCCCAGGCGAAUGUCAGGACUCCCAAACCACUAGUGCCAAAGGGUCAUGUUGAAAAGUUCAGAAUAUUUAUUUGUCAGAAUAUAAUAAUUGCCCCCCACCUUAGUAUUUUUGCACUUUACAGUAAUUUAGAUAACGUUUUUCAGUAGCUUGCGUGUUUUGCCUUUUCAAAGGAUAACUAUUAUUUUCUUGAAAAAUUGAAUAUAAUCAUGAAGGAGAGGAAGAUGAUGAAAAUGUCCAAUGUUGAUUGGUUGUUUAAAAGUCUUGUCCUGUAAAUGUGCUGGGGAGUUUCCAAUCAGCAUACAGGCACACGUUUGUCAGUGGCUAAGACUUGCUUAUAUUUUGCUUUAUAGUUGUAGCCAGAGCAUGUUGUUAUUGCCUUAUGUAAAUAAAAAGGCUAUUAAGUUUUCCAGUAAUAUUUAUUAAUCUGUAUGUGUUCUAAAAUAAAAUAACUUAUUUCUAGCUGAA